GAUCCCGGGAUUGGGGAACAGUGGGAGGUGGGAGGACAGCUGCAGUGUACUGGCAGGUGGGGAUAGUGCCGGGUGACUGGGAUCUUCAGUCACGAGAGGCAGCGGGGAGCACUGGUGAAUGCUGGGCACUGGGAGAUGAGGGUUCGGCUGGAUGGAGUGCUGGGGUGGUCACAACGCCCAGCUACAGCCCACCCCAUUUCCCAUGCACUGCAGGCCCCUGUCUGGUUCAGUCCCCAGCCAUGGCCUCCCCAGUGCAGACAACAGAGCAGAACAUCCCCUGCCCUGGCCACCAGCCUGCCACUGCCUGGGGCCACCAUACCCACACAGAUCACUGCAGUCCCACUCUGCAGAGCUGCCUCCAGGUGCUGGGUGCCAAUGACUCUGUCCCCAGCAAGGCUCUGGCUGCAGCCGCCUCGCUGGAUGGCACUUAGACACUGGUCACCCAAGGCCCUUGUCCCCAAGGGAUGUGCCUUCAAUGCCCUCAUCCUUGGCCAGGCCAACUCUGUCCCCAAGCAGGAUGUGGCCAUCCGGAGGGACUCGGAGAAGCAGACGCUUGUCCACAGGCAGCCACUUGGAGCUAAUUGCAGGGACAACAGAGUUCCCAUGGCAACAGGAGAGAUGUUUGUUCUUGUCAUCCCUCCUCUGUGUGUGUGUGGCUGAGAAGCUGUAUUUGCCCAGGGCCAGGAAGUGCUGGGGUGGUCACAGUGCCCAGCUCCAGCUCACCCUGUUUCCCAUGCACUGCAAGCCCCAGUCUGGUCCAGGCCCCGUGUUGCCCAGGGGAGCCCAGAUGCAGCCCUGCUCAGCCCCACUGUGACAUCAGAGCCGCCGCUCUUGAGUCAGAGCUGGGCACCCAUAAAGCGCUGUGGGGCAGGGAAGGAGCCCACAGCUGCAGGUGACUGUUGCCCUGGGCACGGAUCCUCCUGUGGAAGGGCAGCGUGGAGCUGGUGCUGGAGCCGGUUUUGCCUGAGGAGCCCUGACUGCUGAAGCUUAGGAGGAAGAGCUGAGCAGGGAGGCUGCCUGUGCCCAGAGAUGGCAAGGAGAAAGGCACCACAGAAAAUGGCCUUAAAUGUCUCCUUGGAGAGGGAGACUGACCAACGGUCAGCAGGAGAGGCUGGAGGGCAGAGCCACGGCCAGGGGAGUAGGAGCCUCUUCACAGAGGUGGAGCUGAGGAACCGCUUUUCUCAGCCCACUCCCAGCUCAUCCGCUCGAGGGCCACCAGAGCCUCAUGGCAGGGCCACAGCGCUUGCAAGUACCCUUGCAUCCCUGUGGAGAUCCCUGCUGACCAUGUGCAUCUUCACUGGGCAACAGAUGGCUGUGCACAAGAAGAGGUGCUUGAAAUUCAUUGUCUUCUUGCUUCUGAUGGUUCUUGCUGGUGUUUACUGUGGGACCUCACUGCCGGUGUGGACGAUGCGAGCAAAGGCACAGAGAGAGGAUCUGUCAUGGGCAUCCGCAGCAGAAACAAAGAUGCUGAGGAAUUUGCAAACCACUUGGACAGAGCAAACCCAAAAGUUGCAGCUUGUGCUGGAGGAGUUGGCUCAGCUGAGGGUGGAGAUAAGCAGUUGGAAGAAGGAGAGGCAGGAGGUGAACCAGGCAGCACUGAAGCUGGCUUUGGAAACCUACCUUGAAAGAUAUGACUGGGCCCUGAAAAGUUCUGGUGCUGUCGUUGACAUGCAGAGAACUUCGAAGACAUAUGACUGCAAAGACAAUUGGGUGUGCAAGGUUGUAUGGUUCUUCCACACUUUCAACCCUCCUGAUACGAUUUUAAAGCCGGAUGUGUCGCCAGGAAACUGCUGGCCUUUACAAGGGCAACAGGGCCAGGUGGUCAUCAGGUUGCCAGCACGAGUCCAUCUGACUGCUGUCAGUGUGCAGCACAUCUACAAAGAGGUCUCUCCAUCUGGGACCGUCACCAGUGCCCCCCGAGACAUGGCUGUGUUUGUAAGUCUCUGCUCCGUGCUUCUGCCUGGCAUGUGGCCCCCAGGAAUAGCGGUGACUGGAACUUGCUUGCUCUGUGCAUCCUUGGAGGUUCGGGUACUGCUUUCUCCUAAGCUCUGCAAUGCACUUGCAGGAUACUUCAGGGGGUCUGGAGGUUCCAUCCCUCUCAAGACUCAUUCUGGGGAGAGCACCUCAGGGCUCUUGAAUAAAACACAAGGUGGAGACAGUGCUUAACUGCUGCUAGAGCCCCAGGAGAGGCUGAGUAGAUAACAGCCCAUGCAGUAUGUGCUGAUCCAGCACAUACAAACAUCCUCUUUGUUGGGACAAGUCUGAGCUU